AUGGAUACCAGCUAUCUAUCGUCGCAGGUUUCGACCAUCAUCGGCCAACUCCAUGGUCUUUUUGAUGAAAUAGGUGUUCCUAACCAUGACCGAGAGUCGAGAGAGGCAGAGCUUUUCGCAGCUCUGUCCGAAACCCUUCACAACCAAGUAAAACUAGUUGCCGCUGAGAAAAGCGAACUUGGCGAAGAAGCACAACGUAUUAUCACCACAAUCAGACAAAUGGAAGCUUCAUUGGAUGACGAAAAGGCGCAUCGGGAUUAUGAGCCAGAGGACGAAGAUUUGAAGAUCACCUAUCCAUUGUUAAGAUGCCUUCAAGUGCUGAAGGAAAAGCAUCAACAAAUUUCCAAACUUCAUAAGGAGCGGUUUGACCAAGUCAAGAAACUAGUACAAGCUCUCGAAUCAUAUUCAUCGCACCUCGAAUCAUCCUUUAUUAAAAUCAAGCUGCCUCCUACCGCUCCGAACUCAACUAUUGCGCCAACUUUUGACCUUUCUCCCACCUACGUGACGGCUCUUGACGACGAGUUCACUCGUGUAUAUGAAGAAUAUACGCGCAGGGUUGCCACUGUCAAGGCACUUUCCGAGAAUGUCAUCCAGCUGUGGGCCGAACUUGGAACUCCUCAAGCGCAAACCGAUGGCAUGAUAGUCAAGUAUUACCGUGACUCGCCAGAGCAACUUGGCUUGCACGAAGAAGAUAUCGCGCGAUUGAGACAAAAGCGAGACAAGCUUGCGGAGGAAAAGAAGAGUCGAGAGAAGCGACUCAAGGAUCUAAAAUCUAUGGUUGAAGGUCUGUGGGAGCGACUGGGCGUUGAAGAACAGGAAAGAAAGCGUUUUCUCAAUGGCAAUCGUGGGUGCGGGGUUCGACAAAUCAAUGAAUUUGAGGAUGAGCUAUCAAGACUCAACGAACUCAAACGCCAAAAUCUUCAUCUAUUUGUUGAAGAUGCUCGAUACAAGCUUCAAGACUUGUGGGAUGGGCUUUAUUUCUCGGAAGAAGAAAUGCUCGAGUUCACCCCCGCGUUUUCCGACGUGUACAGCGAUGCUCUCCUAGAAGCUCACGAACAAGAAAUCGAACGUCUAGAAGCAUUGAAGGAACAACGUCUACCAACAUUGUCACUCAUCGAUGAGCAUCGAUCACUGGUCAAAGAUCGCGACGACCUUCUAGCAUCCAGUCAAGAUGCAUCUCGUUUAUUAGGCAGAGGCCAAAAGGGCGAAAAGCGAGAUCCUACACGACUUUUAAGAGAGGAGAAGAUGCGGAAGAGAAUCGCCAAGGAUUUGCCAAAAAUUGCAGUCAAGUUAAGAAAGCUUUUAGAGAAGUGGGAGGACGAGUAUGGCCGACCCUUUCUUGUUCGCGGUGAGAGAUACCUUGACGAACUUGAGGCGUCUGAAGCAAGACCAGCUCCUGGCCCUCGAUCGAAAACACCUGCAGGACCGCCACCUUCUGUUGCACGAAAUCAGCCAAAGUCUGCUCCCCCAAGCCGUUCAAAUAGCAUCAAGGCACCUCCACCAAGAGCGGGCGCAAAGACCCCUACUGCGGGUGGAACUCUUAGACGUAAUCCCAUACAGGCGUCGGCCGCCGCAAAAUCUCCUUCGAAAAUUCCUGCGCGCGCGCCACUUUCUCAUCUUAAAGGCGGAAACAAUUCGCCGGAACGUAAAGCUCGUCCAGAAUCCCGGAUGGACACUGAUAGGACUUUAAGAAGCAAAAUGCCACCUCCCCCACCCCGAGCUCCACCACCCAAGAUGAGAGAUCUAUUCGUUCCCCCUCCAGCACCAACACCAAUAGGGCGUCCAAACCCUCGCUCCGAAAGUGUACUGUCAAGUGGAAGCGUUCGAGCUGUUACUCCUGAAGACCCUUAUGGAUAUCCUCAAGGACGCCAACAACGAGAACAGUCUUAUCACGAGCUUAAAUCUUCAAUGCGACAGAAUGAACGGCUCACGCAGUCAAGCUACUCGACAGCACCCCCAAGUCGACAAAUAUCCAAUACAUCUAGUGCAACGACAGGCGUGUCCGGAAGUGAAAACUGGGAAACGUAUUCGGAAAUAUCUGAGCCGGAAGAGGACGCUUCUGAAGAUUACUAUGCAAAGCUUCGUGCUGCUCGUGUAAAACGUUUUUCUCCUGAUGACGGAUAUCCACCUCAACAAGGUGGUCCACCCAAGAAACAAAAAGGAAUUCCUCCGCAUGGAGUUCAUGCUGGCCAUGUAUUAUACGAUGCCCAUGGAAAUAGAAUUGUCUCGGGCAGUGAGGCGAAUUGGACCGACGAAGACGCAUUCUAG